AUGUGCCGGGCAUUCCCCCUGAUUCUGGGAGACAAAGCUCAGAGAUGGUUUAGGAGACUGCACGAGAGGUCGGUAAUGAAUUGGAAUGAUCUGGCCACGACAUUCUUGGCCCAGUUCAUAGGCUCCAAGGCCAGAACCAUGCCCAAAGAACAACUAGUAAGCAUCAAGCAGGGAAUAAGUGAAUCCCUCAAAAGCUAUCUGAGCAGGUUCAACAGGCAAUCCAUGGAAGUGGAAAAAAUAUCUGAUGAUGCGGCACUCAUGGCCGUAUUAGCAGAACUAAGGCCCAGAACAAGAUUCUGGUGGUUAGUACACGAGGACAAUCCAAAGACUUAUCACGAGUUCCUAAACCGAGCUGAGAAAUACAUAAGUACUGAAGAAGCAACCUCUAACCAAGAGAAAGCCAGAUGCGAAACCGACCUUAGCAAUACAGUAUUCACGCAAGCCAAUGCAAAAGAGGCAUUUCGUAGACCUAUGAUCCUAAAGGACGGACAGACAAGCAAUAUCAGGGAUGAUACUGUCGAUAUCACAGGAUGGUGGGCCAUGACACUGAUAACUGUCGAGACUUAA